AUAAAUCAUCGAAGCUCCUAUAAAAUUGUCGACCAAAAAAUCCCCCCUUCUCUUGAGCCCGAAAAUGAGUUACCAGAAAGCUCCCCAAGAACCCUACCCUCCCCCAGGGUAUGGAUCUCCAUAUCCACCACCACAGGGGUACCCAUCAGCGCCACCGUACGAAGGGUACCCGCCACCACCGCCACCUGGGUAUCCGGGGUACCCUCCGCCGGCGCAGCAGGGUCCGCUGUACGAAGGGUACCAAGGGUACUUCGCACAAGGGUAUCCGCCACCGCCACCACCCCAGCAAUACCAGCACUACCACUACGAGCAUCACCGUUACGACGAUCAGACCGGUUGUGCCUCUUUCUUACAAGGCUGUUUGGCUGCGCUUUGCUGCUGCUGUGUGUUGGAGGAGUGCUGCUUUUUUCUUUGAUGACACAACAAAUAAGUUAUUUCUUAAGUUGGCUUGCACUUUGUUGUUGCUGAACCAAUUGUUGGAUUCUACAUAAUCUGUGUGGGGGAUCUGGUAAUUCUUUUUUCUUUAUGCCUCUUAUCUGGGUUUUAAGAGGUUCUAUGAUGUGGUUUCAUCGGGUUCUAUGCCCGUGUAAUUUUAUUUUAUUACCUGGAAUCUGUAAACAGGUGCUAUCACAAGUAAUAUGGUUCUGAUUCUAGUGUGAUUACAUAUUCUUCUGAUGUUU